AUUCUUUAGACUAUAAAUGGCACGGCAAAAAAUGUGCUAGAAACCGUGUGUGCCCCGGAAGUUGGAAAUUAAGUUCAUCUACAUCUUGACUUCUCAAGUCAACAACCGCACAUAUUUUAACCAGCAAGUUCGACACGCACAAUUACUAUAGCCACAAUAAUUAGCCCAAUGGUUUUCCUAUAUAGAAAUAAUAAGUUGAUUAAAAUUGUUGCGAGAAAGGAAAAAGAAAAAUCACGCCUACAAUAUCAAUGGGCUUAUUCCGAAAUCUCACCGGCAUCUUCACCAUCCUUUUAAUUUUGACUCUCUCUUUUGCCUCCUCCAAUGCAAUCCAAAUAAAGAUCCUCAACACCUGCUCCUACACGGGCUGGGCCGCCGCCAACCCCGGCGGGGGAAGGCAGUUAAACCAGGGCCAAACAUGGACUCUCACCAAUGUUAACGGUAGAGGCCGCAUUUGGGGCCGAGCCAACUGUGCUUUCGUCCGCGAUGGGCGCGGAAAAUGCGAGAGCGGUGACUGCGACGGGCGUCUCGAAUGCAGAUCUAAUGGCAGAGCCCCCAACACCAUCGCUGAGUAUGCGCUAGAUCAAUCAAACGACAAUGAUAUUGUCGGCGUCUCGGUAGUCGAGGGGUUCAACAUUCCUAUAGGAUUCAGUAAUUUAACUGGGUCCUGCACUAGUCAAGAGAGCAAAUGCACGGGGGACGUAAACGGAGCGUGUCCGACGGAGUUGAGAGAUCCCGGCGGGUGCAACAACCCCUGCACAGUGUUUAACAACAACCAGUUUUGCUGCACUUCGGGGAAUAUCUGUGAGGCGACAAGUUAUUCCAAAUUUUUCAAGGAUCUAUGUCCGUACGCGUCUACGUAUCCUUCCGAUGAUGAUGGAAAAAGUAUUUGCCCAACUGGGAUUGACUACAGUGUCGUUUUUUGCCCUUCAAGCUCAAGCGAAGACGUGGCCAGAAGUCCUCCCAGCAAUCCCAGCGGUGAUAGUGGCUUCCUUUUCAAAAUCCUUAAUAACUGCCGCUACACGGUGUGGGCCGCUGCAAUCCCCGGUGGUGGGAGGAAGCUUAAUCACGGCGAGAGGUGGAUCAUAGACGUGGCGCCAGGCACGACAUCGGCCCGCAUAUGGGCCCGAACCAACUGCAGCUUCGACGACAGCGGGAUAUUCAGAUGCCAGACGGGCGACUGCAGCGGGGUCCUGGAGUGCCAAGGCUACGGCCAGGCUCCCAACACCCUCGCGGAGUACACGCUGAACGGAUUCAGCAACUUGAACUUCUUCGACAUCUCGCUCGUCGACGGGUUCAAUGUUCCAAUGGAGUUCAGCCCCACCUCCAGUGAGUGCAGCCGUGGGAUCCGGUGCACCGCCGACAUCAACGGGCAGUGUCCGUCUCAGUUGAGGGCAUCCGAUGGGUGCAAUAACCCUUGUACGGUUUUUAAGACCGAUCAGUAUUGUUGCAAUUCCAGCAACUGUGGACCCACCAACUACUCUAGGUUUUUCAAGAAUAGAUGUCCUAAUGCUUAUAGUUAUCCGAAAGAUGAUCAAACUAACCUUUUUACAUGCUCUGGUUGGACUGACUAUAACGUUGUCUUCUGUCCUGAUUGAAGAGAUUAUAUAUAUAAAGGUCAUAUUAUUGUAGUAUGAUUAUUCAUUACUUCCCAUUCCAAACACGGCACGUUUGAAAAGUCCAAAAAAUGAUUCUGGGUGGUUUCCUCUAAGAUAUUUUGAUCAUUAUUUUGAUACUAUCUAUAUUAUAGAAC